GAGUGAGGGAUGCAUAAUUUGACUUUGAGGCACAAACACACAUACAGUAUAUCACUGUUACAAAGUACGACAACUGCACCAGCACAAAAUGCCUAGUGCUUUACGAGCAAAUCUCACACCCGAACAAUAUAAGCUAUAUUAGUAUUACAUGAAAAAUUCAGAAGAAGCAGAGAGCAGGUAAGCUAAGGUAAGUAAGAAGAAUAGGGCCAUUGUCGAGAGGGCUUGCUUACUUGCUGUUUCUAUAUGAUUACCUAGCAACUGCAGAAAGCUAGUAGCAACAUGAGGAAGACAAGAAGCAGAGAGGAGACUGGUGAUGAGGCCAAACUAAUUGAGGAAGAAGCAGGGAGAGGGGAUCCAACUGGAGAAAGUUCGAGCAGAGGAUCAGGUGAGACAGCAUCUGGGUUUGGUGGACUAAGGCUUGAAGGGAUUGUCGGCAUUAUAGAAGCUUCUGCCGGGGAUGGAGACAUCUCGCUUGAACCUGGAGUAGGGAACAGAGGAGACACAUCUGGAGACAUGGCCGGAGGAGAAGCUGAGAAACUCGAUGGAGCUUCAGGCAAAUACGAAGGUGCAGCUGAUAUGAGUGAUAGAAUGGUGAAGGCUACUAACAGAGAGACGGCCAUGGUUACUGUGAAUGUGGUGUGUCUCUCUGCUUCUCUGACUAUGUUUUUGUGAGAGGUAAAAGAAAAAAAGGAUGACACACUGAAGAAGAAAAAGGUAUACAGCUAUAGAGGUGUAGACAUUGCUGCAUUUCAUCUAUCAUCAAAAUCGGAUGUUGAAUCAUUUGUUGACUUUGGUCAGUACACUCAUCUGAACACAAUGGCUGAGCAUUCUUAUGGCCAACUUUCUAUUAAACUCAAUCCCUAGAGGAUUGAAGAAAGAAGAAAGAAUU